AUGAAAGCUCUUGAAGAACAUACUUCACUUCCAAAUAAAGUGCAGGUUCCUAUUUGAACUUUCCUCAUCUUAUUUGCUAGUGCACCUCUUUUCAGAAGUACGAUUUCUGUAACCUGUGCCAGUCCAUGAUUCCUACAGAAUGUUUUGAAACUCACGCUGCUCGGAGAAAGCUGUCAGGAAUUUGCGAGAAGCCGUCGACUGAGCUUGAAGGAGUCGUUUUGUGCAGAGUCGUGAGAUCUCUCACGAAUAUUCAAAUUCGAGAUGAUUUUCAGUGCAAUACCUAUUUUACAAUAGUUAACUAUCGUGUUCAUCUUCAUCACGUGCACGGUGUCCCAAGUGCUGUGAAAAGGGCUUAUUUCAAAAGCGAGGAAGAUUUCACAGUUCCCGCAGAAAAUAGGAACAUCUCUCAGCUCGUUCUUUUCAGAUGUUCCGGUUGAAGCUGCAAAACUGGGGCACUAAGUUUCGCAAGAUUCCCGGAUUUUCUUACCAUGAAGUUUUGCUGUUCUUCUUGAAGUUCUUCAUUUUAUUUUAGGGACUUGUUUUUGAAAGUUAUCGAUGUUGUUGGACCCCGACGGGGAAGUCAAAAUGUGAUGACAAGGUUCGAAUUUUCCGCCGGAAUUGUUUCACUUGUAAUCCCAGAGCCCGGCGAGUACAUCGAAAGAAGAUUUUUGCACGGCUUUCCUCAACAAAAACACCAGUGUUGAUGGGUGCGUGAUUUUUGGAGAAUACAUAGGAAAGGCUUUUUUGAGGCUAAAUAUCCCAGAAAUUUUUUUUUCAGCAGUGUAAGGGUUCUAUAUUGUCUGCACCACAUUCACGACGACAGCGGCUAUCAGUUCCCAGACUCACUUUGCCAGGGGAUUCUGAAACUGCAAGAACUAGGAUAUUCGAUGUCUAGGGUCUUGAGGGAAUUAAGAGGUUCGUCUGUUUUAUCCGAGUGAAAUUUUGAAAACUUUGCAUGAGCAGAAAAAAAAGCUACUAUUUUUUUUCUAGUCUUUUCUAAAAUUCAAGUAAAAAAUUAUCAUUUAGUGGAAGCUCAUAGUUACGCCCAACCCGGAACGACGAUGUACCGACGAAUUCGGAAUCUGUCUAUGAUUCAAUUGAAGAAAAUCUGCCAAGAUCUCUUGAACAACAGUGGGUUUUCAGACUCAAAAAUAUGCGAACCACCUCAUCUUUUUAAUCAACCAAAUUAGUUGCUCUUUUAAAGAUGUUGUUUUUUUGCAUUUUUCUUCCUAAAUAUUUUUUGAAGGAUGGACUCGGUCGCAAAAUGCAUCUUUCCUGCCAACCGUGGCCUUUUCCGAUAGUAUUGCACAUUCUGAAGUGCCGUUCCUCAGAAAACUUUACGGUUAUUUUCUUGUUUGAUAUUCUAAAAAAAAUAUGUUUAGCAAUGGAAAUCGAUUACAAAAAAACGAUGGAAAAAAUUGCGAAGUCUGAUUCGGAACAAUUAUUUGAAAUUUUCCGCACCGAACUUUGCGCCAAACUCGUCGCUCCAAGUUCAGAGUAAAACAUGAUAAGUUUUUAUUUUGUUCAAACCAAUCAUUUUUCAGAGAAUCGUCAUGA